CUACUUGUAGAGCCAUGGAUACAAACAGGAUAUCAAACACUUCCCUUCAACCGCCGUGGCUGUGAUGGCCUCAUCCUUGAGUUGCUGCAGAUGGCGCACUUGAUCGUGCAGAGGCCUAGCGGAGAGAGCUUUAAGCAGGUUGAGACGGUCGUACUUAACCUGGCCGGUUUUCUUUCACCCACCGCUCGCCAUCGGAUGAGACACUGUAAACGAACAGAGAGGUUUACAUGGAGCCCGUUUUUCUUCUUCAGGGUUGAUGAUGCCACACCAUGUAUGAUCUUCUCGUACUUGAUGCUAUUGCGGUUGUCAGGGCGCUUCUGGGGGCAGUCCUUGAUGAUGUGCUCGGUGCUGCCGCACCCCAAGCACACCCUGCCCCUGCCCUGGCCCUGCCCGCCCUUGUUGACCUUCACGGUCGCCUGCUGCGCUGUGAAGACCUGGUCGUUCUUGUGGACGCCCUCAAGCUUGUCGCUCCCAUUGCGCAGCGCGUCUCCCAGCGAGCACAU